CAAUUCACGCCAGAGGGAAAGCCGAUGCCGCAAUGACAGCGGCGCAGAAGGCCCAGGAAGAGUGCAGGCUGGCCCGGAUCACCGCCAAAGAGUUCUCCCCCUCUUUCCAGCACCGAGGAAACAGAGUGGAGUGCCAGCGACCCAAACAGCAGAACUCGAGUGAGAACGACGUGGAAGUUAUCUCCAGUGGGACCGCGGACAGUACUGAGCUCUAUAUGAAGGGCUCCACACCCCCAGACCUUACCCCAGACGUAAGCCCCACUCCCAGCAGGCCCUCCACGCCUCCCCGAAGCCCAACCACCAAAUCUUCCGAUCGCACCAAAAAUGCCCGCUUUCUGCGACAGACUGCAGUGGAUGAGGAGCGUGGAGGAACACAAGAGAUCCAGGUGCUGAUGGAGGGAAGAGGUGGUGGUGGUGGUUCAGGUGGAGGUGGAGAGUACCUGAGGGCUAACAGUUGGAGCGAGGACAAGCGUCCUUCCCGUGGGGGCAGCAGUAGAGGUGGUAGUCGGGGCAGUAGCCGCUCCACAACUCCUUCAGUGCAGGACGAGGUACGGGUUGGGGCGGCACGGGCCAAUGGCCACAAGCACUCCUCAAAUCAUAAGCCUCGAGACCACAGCUCAUCCAAUCACAAAUCCCAGCGGGAAAGGAGGCCAGACGGACCCUCAUCUUCUUGGACAUCUCAGCGGGUACGCAGCAACAGUUUGGCUCAUUCACGUCUCUUAGAGCAGGAUGAGGAAAAACUGAGCAAUUAUGAAAUGGAGAUGAGGCCGUUGCAGCCAAUGGACUCCCAUAACUCCCAAAAGCCCUAUGGGCAUGGGGAGGAGUGGCACAGUCACUCAGAGUCCCGUGGACAUACACUACAGCGACGGGGUAAAAAUCGUGACCGGAAGCAGGAUGUCCGGGACACCUCAGGGCCCAGGGAUGCCCAGGAGGGGCCGUCUCCGGACUCAGUGCAAAAGUUGGACAGUCUACGAGUGGGGGAAAAGCUAGAGGCUCGGCCCCUUCGCAGGGACCUCACACUUUCACCCCCACAGAAAUCUCCACCUAUUGCACUAGAGCACGAUGACAAGAAUCAGUCUCAGCUCAAAGUGAACUCGGGCUCCAACUCUAUUCUGGUAGUCAUGGUGAUUUUGCUCAACAUUGGAGUCGCCAUUUUGUUUGUCCAUUUUUUUAUUUAAACUCUGCAUUGCCUAUCAAUUCCUCUUGUCCAGCUACACUAUUAUCAAAUCAAUACUAGUGUCAUCACAACUGAUCUGGUCCCGGCCCAUUUUUUUUUUUAAACAAAUGACCAAUGUACUUCUAUUGGAAGGCAACAACAAAACUGGGCUCAGCAGUUCUGUCUGCUUUUCUGUCUCCAAAGAGCU